ACAAAUAUCCAAAAAAAAAAAAAAUUAUUACAAAAAAUGGAAUAUAGUUGCAAGGAUUUUAAAGUGGGAAAAUGUGAAGGAGAAAAAAUAGUUGAUGGUGAAACAAUGCCAUUAGUUCUAAACCCUAUAGAACAAAACAAGAAUGACAUAAAAUCAUUGCUUGAAUCAUUGGAAAAAAACAAAGAAUGGUUUGAUAAUAUGAUUACAAAAAAUAGUGCUGUUUUAUUAAGAGGAUUUGAUGUAGAAAAUGCAAAAAAUUUCAAUGAUAUUAUUGAAGUUUUUGGUUGGGAAGAUAUUAGAUAUGUUGGACCAGCACCAAGAACCCAUAUUUAUAAAAGAGUUUGGACUGCUAAUGAAGGUCCUCUUUCUGAAUUCAUAUAUUAUCAUCAUGAAAUGGUCCUUAUAAAGGAAUUCCCAAAGAAAGUGAUAUUGUAUUGUGAAAUACCACCACCAGAAGGAGGGGAAACACCAUUUGUUCCAAGCUUUAGAGUAACAGAAAGAAUGAUAGAAGAAUUUCCAGAAGCUGUUGAAGAAAUUGAGAAAAAAGGACUUAAAUAUACAUUUAGUGCUCCAAGUAAAAAUGACAAAGGUUCAAUGAGAGGUAGAGGUUGGGAAGAUGCUUUUGGUACUUGUGAUCCUGUUGAAGCUGAAACAAGGGCAAAAGCACUUGGAAUGGAGAUGGAAUGGCUACCAAAUGGUGGUGUAAAGACAAUCUUAGGACCAAGAAGUUUAACAAAGGUGUUUGAAGGAAGAAGAAUGUGGUUCAACACAUUGGUUGGGAUGUAUGGCAAAGAGAUAAGCUCAGCCAUGAUGUUUGAUGGAACUCAAAUACCACAACACAUAGUAAAAAGAUGUGAAGAGAUCAUUGAAGAAGAAAGUAUACAAUUCAAAUGGCAAAAGGGUGAUGUUCUUUUCCUUGAUAACUUGGCUACACUUCAUGGUAGAAGACCUUCUCUUCCACCUAGAAAGGUCCUUGUUGCUACUUGCAAGUAACUAAAUGUUU